AUGGGCAGCCUCCACUGGCGCCAGUCUGCCGAAUAUGUCGGCAUAGUCAACAGCCAGCUCCCGUUGCGGACUGAAGUAGUGGGAUCUAUCAUGUCCUCGACCGCCGUGAAUGCAGAGGGGCGGCCCGACACGGAGAAUGGCGGCGGAGUCUCGAUGGCGAGGAACCGCUCGACGUCGCACCAACGGGCCGGCCGCAGCUACUCGAGGGUCCGACAGACGCGCGUCACGUCCGUCUCGCCCAGCCCCACGCUCGUUGGAGGAGGAGGAGGAUCGAGGACGGGGCGAUCAACGAGUCGGGGCACAUUUGUGGGCCGGUCCAGGACGCCUGUCGGAAUGCGGGAGGUCGGCGAGGGCGAGAGGAGCGUGAGCGUGUCAGAGGAGAGGGAGAUGCUCAAGGAAAAGGGAGCAAGCCGGUCUCGGUCUCGGUCCAAGUCCAAGCCAAUCGCAUUAGCAGGGCCGGAGCGGAUCGCCAAUCCCCGCGACAUCGAGAGUGCAAAGCAACAACCGAAGGAAGAGGAGCCAACCCCUCUCGCCGUUCGCCUCUUGCCUCACCCUCUGCCGCACUUUCUCGGCUACCGUCGUCCCAAGCACCUCCUCUCGGAAAAGCAAAAGGCCGAUGAGCCCUUUCCUCCCCUCCUUCCCUUUGUCCGCUGGCUACCGCGGCAGGCCGAGGCGCUCCUCUGGGCCUGGAUCGGCGGCUUCGUCGGCAUCGCCAUCGUCGAGGUCAUCUUUGCGCGGCCCUCGCACUUUUCCUCGUCAAAGGACCUGCCUCCGCAUCCAUGGCAGUCGCCCGUCAUCAUUGGCUCCUUUGGCGCCUCUUCGGUCCUUCUUUAUGCCACCCCUGCCUCGCCGCUAGCCCAGCCACGCGCAUUCGUCGGCGGCCAGACGCUCUCGGCGCUCACGGGUGUCAUCAUCACCAAGCUCGUCGCGCUCUCGCCGAACUACAACAUCAAUCUGACCGACCGGAGCAACUCGCUCGUCUGGCUCGCCGGUGCGCUCAGCGUCGGCUCAGCCCUGUGCGUGAUGAUGAUGACGGGCACACUGCAUCCGCCCGGCGGCGCCACGGCGCUCCUCUGCGCCACCAAUAGCGACGUGGCGCGCCUCGGAUGGAAGGUGAUCCCCGUCGUGCUCCUCUCGUCCGUCCUCAUGCUCCUUUGGGCGCUCCUGUGGAUGAAUCUGGGCCGGAUGCGGUAUCCGCACUCAUCUUUCUGGGCACCCAGCCCGCCAAGCCCGCAUGCUGGCAACACAAGCCAGUGGAUCAUCGACUGGGUGUCCCGCAAGAGGCACCCAAAGGCCGAGGAGGAAAAAACACCGAGAAGGAGGUGCAGCCUGGCAAGCUCAAGGGCGUGA